CCUACGCGGAACUCUCUCGCGAGAAUGCGAAAGUACCGCGCCUGCGUACUGCAGUAGCGCCUGGUGGCGGUGGCAGUUUGGCAGCGGGUGUGUGAAAGGAGACAGUGUGGAGGCCACAGGGUACUCGCCACGAUGAGCAGCACCUUAGCUAAGAUCGCGGAGAUAGAAGCCGAGAUGGCUCGGACUCAAAAGAACAAGGCCACAGCACACCACCUGGGGCUGCUUAAGGCUCGUCUUGCUAAGCUUCGUCGAGAACUCAUUACUCCAAAGGGUGGUGGUGGUGGGGGUCCAGGAGAAGGUUUUGAUGUGGCCAAGACAGGUGAUGCUCGAAUUGGAUUUGUUGGUUUUCCAUCUGUGGGGAAGUCAACACUGCUUAGUAACCUGGCAGGGGUAUAUUCUGAGGUGGCAGCCUAUGAAUUCACUACUCUGACCACUGUGCCUGGUGUCAUCAGAUACAAAGGUGCCAAGAUCCAGCUCCUGGAUCUCCCAGGUAUCAUUGAAGGUGCCAAGGAUGGGAAAGGUAGAGGUCGUCAAGUCAUUGCAGAGACGGAGUUUCACCAUGUUGCCCAGGCUGGUCUCAAAUUCCUGAGCUCAAGUGAUCUGCCUGCCUUGGUUUCCCAGAGUGCUGUCCUUUCAUGUUUGAAGAUUAUUUUUAUUUUACCCUUGUACUGGGUGGCCCGAACCUGUAAUUUGAUCUUGAUUGUUCUGGAUGUCCUGAAACCUUUGGGACAUAAGAAGAUAAUUGAAAAUGAGCUGGAAGGCUUUGGCAUUCGCUUGAACAGCAAACCCCCCAACAUUGGCUUUAAGAAGAAAGACAAGGGAGGCAUUAAUCUCACAGCCACUUGCCCCCAGAGUGAGCUGGAUGCUGAAACUGUGAAGAGCAUUCUGGCCGAAUACAAGAUUCAUAAUGCCGAUGUGACUCUACGUAGUGAUGCUACAGCUGAUGACCUCAUUGAUGUGGUGGAAGGAAACAGAGUUUAUAUCCCCUGUAUCUAUGUGUUAAAUAAGAUUGACCAAAUCUCCAUUGAGGAAUUGGAUAUCAUCUAUAAGGUGCCUCACUGUGUACCCAUCUCUGCCCAUCACCGCUGGAAUUUUGAUGACCUAUUGGAAAAGAUCUGGGACUAUCUGAAACUAGUGAGAAUUUACACCAAACCCAAAGGCCAGUUACCAGAUUACACAUCCCCAGUGGUGCUUCCAUACUCCAGGACCACAGUGGAGGAUUUCUGCAUGAAGAUUCAUAAAAAUCUUAUCAAAGAAUUUAAAUAUGCUCUGGUCUGGGGUCUCUCUGUGAAACACAAUCCUCAGAAAGUGGGUAAAGACCAUACGUUGGAGGACGAGGAUGUCAUUCAAAUUGUGAAGAAGUGACACUUUUCCCCUUUUCCAUCUGCCGGGCGAACCACAACAGCCUUCCCCAUGAUCAAGCACCCUACCCCAGUUCUUUCUGGUUUUGGCAGUUACUGGAUCAGGAUCCAGGGGAGGGAGAUGGAGGCACCCAAACUGGAACUUCAUUUGUCUUACCUUGGUGUCACCUUGUAUGUCGAACUGCAUAAAAGACCUGGUAGGCUGGUCAGCUACAUACA